CUCGAAACUACAGUUUUACCGGGCGGAUAUCCUUCUGCAUUUAUUGUUUUGAAAUGUUUCCUUCUGUAUGGCUGCAAUGAGACUACGACAAGUUUGAACGGAAGCAAAACCGAUCCACAAAACUGCAUUCAGAUGUACGGAGCAGCUGCUGGUGGGAGGAAGGGCAAAGAUAUAUCCAGCCUCGAUCUCAGCGCACCCGAACUACAAGCAAAGCCAAUUUCUAUAAGAAAGUUGGAAAUUCUGACCAACUUCACGCGGAAAGAACUGCAGACAAUCUACCAAGGAUUUAAACGCAUCUGUCCAACAGGCUAUGCGAACAAGGAUACAUUUAUUCAGAUUUAUCAAAGCUUCUUUCCAAGUAGAGCUUCAGCCGCAUAUGCUCAAAUGUGUUUCCGUGUAUUCGAUAAAGGACGGGCGGGAGAAUUAACCUUCGAGCAAUUUGCUCGAGUUCUUUCCCAAAUAACAAGAGGAAGUGACGCAGAAAAAAUUGACUGGAUAUUUGCACUGUACGAUCUGGACGAUGACGGGUUCAUCAGCCGAAGCGAAAUGACUGAAGUGGCUACAGCUAUUUUUGAUUUGAUGCGUGGUCGCGGAGAACCUCUGAAGGAUGCACAAUCCAUUGAAGAUCGUGUGUCCACAGUUAUGGAAAAGUACGAUCUAGACCGCGACGGCCAAAUUUCUAAGGAUGAAUUCAUUGCAGUGUGCAUAAACGUAAGUUUUCCCUUUCGAAUCGCUCACACAUCUGCUACCAGGACCCUACAUUCAAGAACAACCUGAAUAUAUUCGGGUCCCAACUGUGACAAGACAACAGCUGCUCUUCGUGUUUUUGCUUUUGUAACGCGCAAAAGCAAGUAACACAUCUCAGUCAAAAAGGGGCGUGUUUCGCCCAGUGAAAGACCUCUUUUGAGAACCAUAUUUGAUUGGUGCGUGUGAUUCGUUCUCCCAAUUUGUCCGCUGCAUUUAGAUACCCGCAAGCGCACUGUGGUACUUACUUUUUUCGUGUUAUCAGAUAGUUCCAUCACUGUCUUUUCCAGUUGCCAGCUUAUUUUUUGCUUCACCAAUGGUAGGUACAUAAAGCACUUUUUCGGUAA